AUGAGGAGAACAAUACUGGGGCUACUUAUUUUUACUUUUUACUCACUCAUUGCGGAAAAAGCGAAUUGCAAAUUGAAUUUGAGAAACAGUUUAAAAAAUUAUUAUAAUCAGGAAGACAACAACAACAAUAAUAGUAACAAUUUUCAAAUAAAACUACCUAUUGUCAAUUUCCCCCCAAAUAAUAGUAAUAAAGGCAAUCAUAAGGACAAUGAAGACAAUAAUAUUGAUUAUAGCAUGAUAAACAAUAAAAAUUAUGAAAGAUAUGGGAAAGCAAGAAACGCAAGUGGAUGGGAUGCUGAUCAGACUGAGUUAUCUUCGUAUUCGUUUGUACCUUCCUUAUUAAAUGCCGUUUAUUUGUUUUCCUCCUUAUGUUUUAUACUCUGUUUAACAGGUUUAAAUGACCACAAAACAUCUAAAAGAGGAAAUGUACUAGGUUUUAUAGGAAUAGUAGCAGCAAUACUGGUAACCUUCAGUCAAGUAGGGUUCGGUUUCAGAUAUGAAUUAUUUUUGUUAAUUGUAAUACCAGCUAUUAUUAUUGGAUUGUGUAUUGCUCAUUAUGUUAGUAUGAUUCAGUUACCACAAUUAGUUGCUUUAUUUCAUAGUUUUGUUGGUUUAGCUGCAUUAUUUGUAGGAUUUUCUAAAUAUCAUUCUGAAUCUUUUGAAAAGUAUGGAAUGAGUAAAAUACAUUUAAUAGAACUAUUUUUAGGUACUUUUAUCGGUGCAAUAACUUUUAUUGGGUCAUUAGUAGCAGCUGGUAAAUUAAGUGGAAUUUUAGAUAGUAAAUCAUUAAAAUUGAAAAUAAAAAAAUUGGUAAAUAUAAUAUGUGUUGUUGUUCUUAUAAUACUUGGAUAUUAUUUUAUUACUAUUCCGUUAGUUUACUUAAAGACUAUAUGUUUAUAUAUUUCUUUUCUGGUUGAAUUGUUUCUUGGAUUUCAUUUAAUAGCAUCUAUAGGUGGAGCAGAUAUGCCUGUAGUUAUAAGUGCCUUAAAUUCUUAUUCAGGUUUUGCUACAGCAAUAAGUGGUUUUUUGCUUCACAACAAUUUGUUAAUUAUAUCAGGAUCACUUAUAGGUUCUUCAGGAGCUAUUUUGUCAUAUAUUAUGUGUAUAGGAAUGAAUAGAGAUAUAUUCAAUAUUAUAUUAGGUGGUUGGGAUGACGAUGAAGAGUUUAAUAGUCAAUCAAUACAAGAUAAAGUAAUAUCAAAUAAUAAAAAGAAAAAUACAGUAAAUUCAAUUACCCAUAAAUAUGUUGCUGAAAAUCUAAUCAAUGCAAAAAAUAUUAUUAUUGUCCCAGGCUAUGGUACAGCUGUUAGUAAAUGUCAAAGAGAAUUAGCCGAAAUUUGUACCAUAUUAAAAACAAGAAAGAUAAAUGUGAAUUUUGCUAUACAUCCAGUUGCUGGAAGAAUGCCAGGUCAUUUAAACGUUCUACUAGCAGAAGCUAAUAUACCAUAUAAUAUUGUUAAAGAAAUGGAUGAAAUCAAUUCAUUCAUAGCUAAUGCAGACAUAGUUUUAGUUGUUGGAGCUAAUGAUAUUGUUAAUCCAUCUUCCUUAGAUCCAUCCAGUAAAAUAUAUGGAAUGCCUGUUAUUGAUGUAUGGAAAGCUAAACAAGUAAUUAUUUUAAAAAGAAGUUUAAAUACUGGUUAUUCAUGUAUUGACAAUCCUCUGUUUUAUUUCCCCAAUACAUACAUGCUUUUUGGAGAUGCUAAACAUUUGACUAACCAAAUAUUAAGUAUUCUAAAUGAUUAUGUAAGUCACAAGUACCCUGAAGUUUCAUUAGAUAAUAUAAAAAUGGCUGAACAAGAAUCAGAUAUGUUUUCUUUUCAUUCCCUGUCUGAGAGUUCACAAAGUUUAGGUGAUGCACAUAUAGACGAGGAAAACUAUCCAAUGGCUAGAAGAAUAAUAGGAUUGGUAAAGGAUGACAUAAAAUUAGAGACAGAUGAUAUGAGAGAACAAAUUCUUUGUGAGAAAGAACAAGGUAAGGAAAAAAUCGAAAAAGCAGAUAUUAACCUGUCUAUUGUCCCCCUAACACCCAAAUUCAUACCAAAAUUAAGAAGAAUGGGAUUUCGAAUAUUAGUAGAAAAAGAUAUAGGAACAAGUAUACUAAUAGAUGAUGAGCAGUACAAAAAAUAUGGUGGUGAAAUAGUCUCUAGAGAAAUAAUCUUUAAACAGAGUAAUAUCAUAUUAAAAGUUGAUCCACCAACAAAGAAUUUUAUUAAUGAAAUACCAAAUAACACUGUAUUAAUUAGCUACUUUUGGCCAAGUAUAAACCAAAAGAUGUUAGAACAAAUUGUAGAAAAUAAAGAAAAGAAUAAUAUUACUUAUCUAGCUAUUGAUGAAGUACCUAGAUCUACUCGUGCACAAAAAUUAGAUGUUAGAAGUUCUAUGAGCAAUUUACAAGGAUAUAGAGCUGUUAUAGAAUCUUUUUUUACUUUACCAAGAUUUAGUAAAUCCUCUAUCACAGCAGCAGGGAAAAUUAAUCCCGCGAAGGUCUUUGUUAUAGGAGCAGGGGUCGCAGGUUUACAAGCAAUUAUAACUGCAAAGAGCAUGGGAGCUAUUGUGUAUUCAUACGAUUCAAGAUCAUCAACAGAGGAAGAAGUGAAAAGUUGUGGUGGGAUAUUUGUAAAAAUACCAAUGGAUGAAGAUGAAAAAAAAAAAAAAAAAAUAAAUGUAGAUAUGAAUACGAACUUAUUGAGUGAAGAAUAUUUACACAUACAAAGAAAUUUAUUUAAAAAAAUAAUUAAAAGUUGUGAUAUUUUAAUAUGUUCAGCAUCUAAUCCUGGAACAACUUCUCCAAAAUUAGUUACUACUGAUAUGAUCAAGUUAAUGAAGGCAGGAAGUGUAGCUGUUGACUUAAGUACAGAAUUUGGAGAUAAGAUAAAUAACUGGGGAGGAAAUAUCGAAUGUUCUCAAUCAAAUAAAAACAUUAUUAUUAAUGGUGUGUAUGUAUUAGGUAGAGAUAAAAUAGAAAGAAAUAUGCCAUUGCAAGCCUCUGAUUUGUUUUCUAUGAAUAUGAUAAAUUUAUUAGAAGAGAUGGGUGGGGGGUUACAAUUUAAUGUUGAUAUUAGUAAUGAUAUAAUAAAAUCAUUAGUUGUUAUUAAAGGUGGAAAUAUAUUAUAUUCACCUGAUAAAUCAGUCGAUAAAUUAAUAAAGAGUGAGAGUGUCUUCAUAAGUGAACAAAAGGACCAUACAGAAGAUUCAUCUUCUACAUAUUCAAAAAACAAACAAACAGUUAAGUACCCUAAUGGAGCACGUUUAACAGAUAAAUUUAUUGACUCAGAUCUAUUCUUCUAUAUAUCUCUUAUGUUCGUAAUACUUAUAACACUGCUAGCUGGAACAAUAUUUUCACAGUCAGAUUUGCACCAAUUUUUUUUAUUUACUCUGUCCAUAAUUGUUGGUUACUACUGUGUGUGGUCAAUCACCCCAUCCUUGCAUACCCCACUGAUGUCCGUUACGAACGCGCUUUCAGGAGUUAUAAUUAUAGGGAGCAUGAUUGAGUAUGGAAAUGAUUUCAAAAGCUUAAGUUCCAUACUGUCAAUGAUAGCCACUUUUUUAUCUGCUGUGAAUUUGUCUGGUGGAUUUUACAUCACAAAAAGGAUGCUCGAUAUGUUUUUCAAAUAA